AUGUCGGGUCUCAUCAACAAGGUCAAGGAGGCAGUCCACUCCGACAAGAAGGACAACUCCGCCACAGACAACCCAAAGUCCAGCAAUGCUGGCCCUCACGGCAGCAACAUGGCUAACAAGAUGGACCCUCGCGUAGACUCUGACCGUGACAACUACGGCUCAGGAGGUGUUGGUCAGGGCAACUACGGCAACCAGAACAUCGGCUCCGGCCCUGGAAGCAACUACGAUAACACUGGAGGCAACUAUGGCGGCCCUGGCAACCCUCAAUCGGGCAACGCUGGCCCUCACUCCUCAAACCUAGCCAACCGUGCUGAUCCUCGAGUUGACUCCGAUAUGGAUGGCGGCCGAAACCUCGGUGGCAACAACUACGGUAGCUCGAACACAGGUGGUGUUGGUGGCGGCUAUGGCGGCAACCAGACUGCCGGCCCACACAGCAGCAACUUGGCCAACAAGGCUGAUCCUCGUGUCGACUCCGACAUGGACGGCAGCCGCAACCUUGGUGGCAACCAGGGCUAUGGUGGCCAGUCAGGAUUUGGCGGCAAUCAGACUGCCGGCCCUCACAGCAGCAACCUUGCCAACAAGGCUGAUCCCAGAGUGGACUCGGACAUGGACGGCGGCCGCAAUGCAGGCUUCGGUACCUCAGGCACCGGCCACGCUUCGAACACCGGCUACGACCAGGGCGGUCAGGGUUUCAACCAGGGUGGCGCAGGCGGCUAUGACCAGUCUGCCACACCAGGCUCCGGCAACGCAAACAAGACUGCCGGUCCUCACAACUCGAACCUGUUGAACAAGAUGGAUCCCAGGGUGGACAGUGACAUGUCUGGUGGCAAGACUUAUGGUGGUGACCAGACCUACCGAUGA